UCUGGCCUCCCCUCAAACACUCGAAUCUUCCACUCCACUCAACUCCCACGCUUCCUCGCCACCUUCCUUCCGCCUCUAUCGUCGCCGUGGAUGUCGGUGUUUUGCGGCCUGGAAUGUGUCGUCUGUCUCGGCUGUUCUCGUUGGGCCUGGAAGCGCCUUACCUACAUCGGUGCCUACGACUCAGAAUCAUGGCCACUUGCCACCACCGAAGCCUUCGAACCCGUACCCCGCAUCUGCCGCACCAUCCUCGCCGUCUACGAGCCCGACCUCUCCACCCCUCGCUUUCCCCCUCCAGGUGGCUAUGGAAUGAACCCUUGCUGGAUCAUCAAGCGCGUCGGCUACGAUCAGACACACGGCCGGUGCCCGCCCUACAUCAUCUACGCCGAUCACGACCAUCACGAGAUCAUCCUCGCCAUCCGAGGUCUCAAUCUCGUCCGCGAGAGUGAUUACAAGGUUCUUCUCGACAAUCGCUUAGGUAUGCAGAUGUUCGACGGCGGGUACGUUCAUCAUGGUUUGCUUAAGGCGGCGGUAUUCAUUCUUCAGCGCGAGACCGGGGCGCAUCGGCCGGCCUAUGUGGAAAAGACUAGUGGUAAAGGAUGCAGCACUAAAUCUAUGUCUUUGUUUACAAAGCAGACUAGACACAGAACCAAAGAGGAAAACUCUGGGAACUAA